GGUCGUUCGAAGCUUCUGAUAGAGUCGGAGGCUUUCAACCUAAAAAAAAUGCUUCGAAUCUCGAAGUCUCCGUAGGCCGAGCCAGCGGUCUGAAGCUCCUGCAGCGACGAUGGAUACUGAAGAAGAGAGCAGGAACAAGGUAUCGAAGAACAAAGAAGGGACGAAUCUGAUUGGAUCACCGACGUUCACCGAGAUCGGAAAUGGACGGCUGAGAUGCAUCGAGACCGGGCACGAGGUUGUCGCCAGAGACAAGGAGCCCUACUCGCGGAGCAAACGGUGUCGUUUGGGCCUCAUCGAUCACGCCUUGUCUCAGGGGAAGCCUCCCCUCAAUAUGUUUACGCAGCAUCGACUUUCUCGCUCGAAGCUGGUGUGUAGACUCACAGGCGAUACUGUGAACAAAAGCGAAGAACAUAUCUGGAAGCACAUAAACGGGAGAAGGUUUCUCAACAAAUUAGAUCAAAUGGUAAGGGGGAUUGGAUUAAACGAAAGGGCCGAGAAAACCAGAGGAGGUAGAUCUAGAGGUGAUAAGAAAGGAAAAGACGUUACUCAGAUUGUAUACGGAAUACGAGAUGAGAGCGGUAGUGAUUCUGAGGGCCCCGACUUUUGGAUGAGUUCUGGUUCAGAGUCGAGCGAUGAAGGAAUUACAACGGUUGAUGGUGGUGGUGCAGGGGACGACUUUGAAGAGAUUUCAGAAAGAACAAAGAGAUUGUCGAUAGAGAUGGGACCGAGCAGCUUUGCUUCGAGGAAGAAAAAGGGCAGGAAGGAGACAGAGUCUUGCCCUGUCUCUGAUUAUUUACUACUGUAAAUGAAAUUAACUAACGCGUUUACAGUGUACUGUAUACGACGAGCAGUUUCGGAGUGAGCGUUUUCACUUUUCACACACGUGAAAGUUUGUGUGUAUCUUCUAGCUGUAUCUUUAGAACAAAGCCAGUGAGUUAAAGAAAACGACGCCGUAUAAAGCGCGCAAAUCAA